AUGGCCCUGGAGCUCAACAGCUGUACGCUGGAGGACCGGUGCCGGGCAAAAAAGGAGCUCUUGGCCAUAGGCCUGGAUGCCGAUGCUGCGCAGUUUCCCGGUAGAUUGGUCCUUGAGACGGGACUUGGGCGGCUGCUUCAGUUCCGGCCUUACCAAUGCCUGGACGAAGCGUUGAAGGUCCAAGAGAAGAGCGCUGCUUCUUUGAAGGGCUGCUCUGUGCUGCCGUCUUUUGUGGCGCUCUCCGGUGACAGAGCCUUGCAGUGCUACGAAGACAUGAAGCUGCUGCUGCCGGGAGGCAGUGAGAACGUCUUGCGCGCCUGGUUCGGCGACCCCGAGUUCCCCUGGAAGGAUGAGAUUGGCAAAGGAGCUUCCUGCACCGAUGCUGUGAAACAGGUCCUCCGGGCAAACCGUCCGCUUAUCACCUCCUGUGCUUGCCUGGGAUGCGAUCCCGUUCCCGGUGUGUGGAAGCAGUUCAGAGUGGAGCUCAUGACUUUGGAUGGCUACACUGCCGAGGAACCCUUUUACCCGAAGUUGUAUGAGACAGUGGAGGAAGUCCCCUCCUACCCUCACUGGGUGGCCUUCGUGCGACAUGCACAAGCUGGCCACAACGUCGACCGUGCCCUCAUCGAGAAGCCCGACAACCCCCUGACCGAUGUUGGCGUUGCGCAGGCUCUCAAGGCGAAGGAGGGGCCGGCCGGUGCUGCUGUGCGCGCGGCAGAGCUCGUGGUGACCAGCCCACUGAAACGGGCCAUGCAAACUGCGGGCCUCCUUUUGGGAGAGUCAGGCCAUGCCGAGGUGGAUGCAGGCAUAAGCGAGCGAUGGAGCGCCCCCUGCGACGAGGGGACAGCCAAGUCUGAGCUGGUUCUGGCAAGACAUCCUGGACUAGAGGAUAUCUCAGAGUGGAAAGGUCUGCAGGAUCUCCCUGAAGUUUGGUGGCCGCAGCCUGGGGAGGACCAGUGGGGACGCGCGGAGGCCUUCCUGGCCCGGGCUCGCGAAAGGCCCGAAGAGCGAAUUGUUUUCGUCGGGCAUGGUGGCUUCUGGGAACGAGUUCUGGGCCGAUACCUCUCCAACUGCGAAGUGAUCUUCUGUGAGCGUUCCCUGUCGUAG